AUGUUCGCCUAUCAAGUGGUUGGCAUGUACUUUCACAUGUGGAUCAAUAUAGCGAUAGACAUACAGCUGAUUUACUUUCUGGGAAUGAUCGGCAUUCAGCUAGAUUUACUUGGCAAACGGUUCCGCAUGAUACGCACCUCGGAACAAUUCGGGCAAUCGUUUGUGCAGCUAAUAAACCAAUAUCAAAAAGUGCAACGGUAACAGGCGGUGUAGUUUUGCUAUUACUUUGGAAACUUAAUUCAUCAUUCUGCUCUUUUUUUUUUGGCCAGGAUGACCCAAGACAUUGAACACCUGUUCUCACCUGCCUUCUUCGCCCAGUUCAGUGCCAGCGGGUUGGUCAUUUGUGCAACCGCGUACAAAACAUCCUCAAUGUUUAACGUGUACGAACUAACGGCUAUACAGAACCUACUCUACAUGCUUUCAAUGAUGUUUCAAAUGUUUUUACCUUGUCGGUUCGGCAAUGAGGUAACUCGUAAAAGUCAUAUCCUUCGCACCUCUAUCUAUAGCUCCACGUGGUACGAAAUGCGGCUGAAGCAUCGCAAAACGUUACACAUGUUGCUACAACGCAUGAACAAACCACUAACGCUGAAGGCGUAUUAUUUCUUCAACUACAAUUUACAAGCCUACACAACGACGCUUAAUAUGGCCUAUUCCGUGUAUGCGUUGUUGCAACGUAACGCGUUGAAAAAAUCCUAG